ACGUUAUGAAAAAUAGGAGAGUUUUGCGUAGAGUAUUCACAAGAAAUGAUAAUUUGUGUUUGGAAUGCAGCCAGCCAUACAUAUUAUUCUUGGGUCGAAGAUACGAACGCAUCUGUCCUAGCUUAAUGUACUAGUGAUUGCGUUUGUGAAUACUCUGGCAGGAUGUCUUCACGUGACGACACUCGUUUGUUGAUGUUGUUGUUGUUGUUCGUUUAGGAUAGGUUUGGUAGGUGCAUCAACAAACACCUUGAUUAAUGUUCGCAAAACAUAUUUUUGCUACUCAGAUAAACUUUGCCACGAUAAUGAACGAGUGGAUUGAUCAGCUGUGAACGAGAGGAAAGUGUGAAAACGGUAAAGACUUCGUUUUCUCUGAUUCUCUAUGCUCUUCAUUUUGCGACGCGACACUGUACACUAUAGGCUGCACAAGAUGCCUAACCAAUGUAUUAUGUGCAUCAAGAUCACCUCCGUGUUCAAACAAGAAGGAAAAUGCAAGUAUGGCAGCUACUGUUAACAGCGCAGGACAAAAACCAGUAAGUGUGGGAGUAUUUGUUGACGUACCAAAUAGCACACCAAUUUCGCCAGUACAGUUAUCAGCCAAUGAUAUAAGGAUGCCCCAGGAAUCGGGUUCUCAAAAUAUUGCAAAUGGAGACGCAGCAACUUUGCCGCUUCCAACACCAAAUUUUUCAAUUCCUCCGCAUUUAAUGGGACGGAAUAUUGAAAAUCCUGCUGAAGACUUAGUUACACGAGGCAGAAAACCCCAAAAGCCACGUCUGGGUGUGAAAGUGCCAUAUAGAAAUUUGACAAGCCAGAUUGUGACCCAGGACGAACUAGCACAAGAACUGCUCGAACGAUCUUUAAAAAAGUAUCCAGUUCAUGACACACCAGAAGGUGGUGAUAUUUUUUUUGCUAUUAAGUUAACGCAGAGACUUGCAAAUCAUAUUGCUCCAUCAUCAUCAUCUAGUUCAGGUGCCACUGCAGCACAACCUACUGAUCUUCUACCAAAGACUGAUUUGUCAGUGAAAUCAGGUAAUAUUGUAUCAGAGAACAACUCUUCUGCCCAAGAGCAAAAGGUUAUUGCUGAUGACAAGGAGUUACUUGCUAUACUUGAGGGUGAUGUAGACCCUAACUGGAUACCCGAGAUAAAAGCUACACCACAGUGUCAACUACAAAGAACAGUUCCUUCUACAGUUCCUACAAAUGGAAAUCAUUUCACAACCCCUCCUAAGUUGGACCCAUUGCUUGAAAAAGAACUUGCUUUGAAGCAACUGAUGGAAUUCGAGACAACUCCACGGAAGAAGAAAACAGAUAAAUUGCAAGAAAAGUCGCCAAAGAAACCUAAGCAGAAUGUUAAGAAGCCUGCUAUUGAUGCACUUACUGAAAACAAUGCUCAUAAUGUUACAACUGAAGUAAAGAAAGUACCAAAGGAAAAUGACGUAGCAGAGUUAAAGAAGAAAAAGAACAGGAAAAGAAAAGCUGUCGUUAUUGCCCCUGAUAAUGUAAAAAAGAAAAAGCUAUCUACUAAGAAUGUAUCAGAAAACAUUGAGAAUGGAAGAGCUGAUAGAAACAAAGUGAAAAAAUUACAAAAAGACUCAAAGAAAAUAAAUUCAACAGAUAAAAAAAUUAGUGAAAAUGUUGUUAAAGUAAUAGAGUCAGUUGUGAAAUCAUCUGCAGAAAUGGAGAAAAUAAAUGAGAGUCAGACAUCAGUUCAAGAUACGAAAUGUGGCAUUUCUGACAAGCCCUCAGAAGCAGAUACAAAAGGACUUCAUAGAGAAUCUAGUGUGGAAAAUGUAAAAAAUCAUCUUGACAAAAACAAAGCCAGUGUAGAAGACGCAGUUUCAACUCGUGCUGUUCCUAAUAAUGAGAAUAAUACACCAGUUUCAGAAGUGUCCGAUCUAAAAAACAGGGCAGAUAAUUCUGAGAAAAAUAUCCAUAGGGGUAUCAGUAAAGACAAUGGGGAAGAUCAAAAGUUACCAGAUGCCUCAUCUGGUUCCAAGAAACGGUGCCGAAGAAGUGAAGUAGAUAAAUUACUUAUAGACGAAGGUGCAAUUAAUCUUUUAUAUGAAGCAGAAUUAGGUGACUCAAGGCGAAGGUCUGCAGUUUGUGAUAAUGAUGUUUCUUCCAAUAACAAUCUGAAAAAACCAAUAAAACCGAAACUGAACUCUUCCCGGUGGAAAAAGAAGAAUCUUCUAUUGAAAACCCGCCUUGUGAAGAAUGCUGUUCUGAGACUGAAAUCUUUGCAGAAUCCGGCAGUUAACUUACGUGCAAAAAGGCAGUUACUUUGCACAUCAGACCACCAGCAGAGUGCAGACAGCAAAAUGGCACCACCCAAACGGAUGGAAUCUCGUGAAACUCUUCGGUCACCACCUCCGUCGACUGUUCACUUUGACCCCCCAUCACCAACUCAGACUUUACCAUGUCCACCACGAUUGCAGUUACGGGCUGAGGCAUCAAGAAUAAUUCGUAGACAUUCUUCCAGCAGUAAUUUCUCCAGUCGCAGCACAAGCCCAACUGUGAUACCACGUACUAGUUGUGAUACUGGUAUUAAUCAACAUAAGAGUGAAUAUACCAGUGAUGGUCAAAGUGGCAAAAAAGUUGUUUAUGAAUCUCAACUUAAAUCGAUUACAAAGCAAGGGGCAGAGGCUCGUAAGAAGGGUGUUCCAAUAUUCAUCAGAAAAGCAGAGCCUCUACAGACUUAUAAAGAUAAGAAAGGAAAGGAGAAGGAAUUUAAUGGAACUCUUAGUAUUCAGAAGGAGGUGACAGGUGCAAGUAAAUCUGGCAAAACUUCAAGUACUAGAAUUGCAGAUAGUAAAACACUGCCAAGAUUAAAGACAAGCAUAUCACAGAAAGAACAUGAAUCAAAAGAAGUUCUUUUGCCAAAUGCACCAAAAAAUGUUUCUCUCGAUAAAAGUAAAUUCAUUCCAGAUGUGACAAAAAUGCAUCAGAAAAAUUCCCACAAAGAAAAACUCCCAAAAUCAGCUAAGUUAUCUGAAGAAAACAGUGUAAUGAAAGCAAAGAAAAAGGACAGGACACAAAAAUCAGAGGUUACUGGGAUGCCAGUAGUGGUUUCUAGUAGUCUUGAGAAAUCACCAGUUUCAGCAACCAAUGUAGAGGCAGAGCUCACUACUUGUUUAGCUGAAGCUGCAUCAGCUUUUGCAGCAGAAGAUAGAUGUCUCCAAGUGUCAUCGUCUGGUCAAAACACUCAGGUUGUAGCAAGGAACAAACUAAGUACUCCAAACCCAGCACAGAAGAAAGAUACAAACCGCUCACAUCCACAGAGUCCCAAUGCUGCUUCGUAUGUCACUCUGGUGAAAACUUUAGAGAAUGAUGUUCAGAAACAGAAGCGCAAAGAUGAUGAGCAUGCUAAGCCAAGAACAAGCAUUCGUCAAAAUGCUGGUACUGUGAGCUAUAGGGAACUUAGCAUUCGGCGUUAUAAUGGUCUUGUUCAGAUCAUAAUGAACCCUGCAUCAACAAAAAUGAAAAAUGCACUAAACUUGCAGGUUCUACGUGAACUACGUGGUGCAUUAUCUCAAAUGAAACGAGAUGAUUCCUGUCGAGCUGUUCUGCUGACAUCGACUGGUGGUCUCUUCUGUCAAGGUGUUGAUCUGCACUGUGUGCUGCUUUCAAACAUAGAACGGCGGAAGGCAGUAGCACAAGAAUUUGCUUUUGCAAUCAAGGAUUUUAUUAGAACACUAGCACAUUUCAACAAACCUCUUAUAGCAGGUGUUAAUGGUGCAGCAGUUGGUUUAGGUGUAACAAUGCUACCUUUUUUCGACAUGGUGAUUGCAAGUGAUAAAGCAACAUUCUACACACCAUAUGCUAAACUUGGACAAGUACCUGAGGGUGGAGCCACAAUGACAUUCCAAUACAUGUUUGGAAAUUGUUUGACAAGUGAGCUGCUGUUUGGGUGUCGCAGAAUAACAGCCAGUGAAGCUUUGCACUUCGGCCUGGUGACACGCAUUUUAUGGCCUGAUCGUUUCCAAGAGGAGCUGAUUCCUAUUGUUCGGGGGGUUUCAGCUCAAUCAACCCAGGCAAUGGAAGCAACAAAGGCACUUUUACGCCAUGGCCUUCGAACUAAGUUAGAGGCUUCACUUGAGUCAGAAAUACACUUACUGGUGCAGCAUUGGUGCACAAAUGAAUGUCAGAAUAAUAUUCGUAAUUUUCUGGAAGCUUAUGAAGAAAUCAGCUUGCAGAGACAACGCAUUGAUCCUGACCUCUAGCCUUGGGUUUGUCCCAUUAGUGCUGUCUGGUCAGAGUUCUCCAGAGGGCAACAGGAAAAUGCCUGUUUUGAACACUAAUAAUUAUUUAUUGUUGUAAGUGUGUGCUUUAUUUUUAUAGGCAGUUUGUUAUGGUUUGAAAUGGUGGAAUGCCUGAUCAUCAUGAUGCAUGGUAAUGACUUUGUUAGGUCUUUGUGACAUUUGUGAUAUUAUUGAUAGAUAAUACAUCACUUUCGUUCUGUUCUAAAGUUUUCUGAAUACAGGUGUACUGUGUGGUUAUACAGAUGCCUUCAUAGAUGACAAGAGUUAAAAAGAUGGUUUAAGUGCUGAAGGCAUUCUUAUCAACAGAACUUUCAUGCUGGGGCCAAGAUUGUAAUGCGGAUUUUUCUUUCUAUAUGAUUUCUGAUUGUUACAGUUGAAGCUGAAGAAGUUGAGUGUUUUGUAAUGUGUAAAAGUGUAGUUGUUGAUGAUCUCUCAGAAAUCUUUAUUUUCGUAAGAUCAGUUGAUACGUUGGUGAAUAAUUGUUGAGACAUUUCAAUGUCACCUUUGUGCUCAGGAGAAUUCGGUGUUAAUCCAGUUUACGAAGAAAAGCUAAGUAGUUCAUGUGGGGACAGUGAUAGAUUGUAAUUACUGCUUUCUUGCAUUGUAUAGAAUUGAUAAUUUCAUCUCUUUAUACUUUUGUACAACUUUACAUAGUUGAAAACAAAUAUUCGUUGUUGUGGAUGUUCACAAAAUAAUAAUUUUGUUACAGAUGCAUACCAUUUAAGUUUACACUUAAGUAGUAAUCAUACAUGCACUCAUUAUCAGAUGUUGACCUGUGCAUACGUCUUUGCACACAGUACUCCUGUUCAUUCUCCUCCUUUUUUAUCUACUUAUUUUCGUUUAAAGAUUGUCACUGUGCACUUUAAGAAAUUAAAAUUAAAUUUUCAAAAGUGCCAGAAUAUCGCCUUCCUCUCCACUAACUACACGCGCGCCCACACACACACACACACACACACACACACACACACACACACACACACACACACACACAGAGAGAGAGAGAGAGAGAGAGAGAGAGAGAGAGAGAGAG